AUGCCACCAAAGAAAGCAAAUCCGGAGCAGUACAAAAAACUAGUGGACUUAGUUUGGGAAUCCGAUGUGAUUCGAUGGGGUAAAGGUACCCCCGACAUGAAAAAGGAAGCAUGGCAGCAAAUAUCGGAAACUUUGAAUUGUAUUGGAGGUGCAGAAAAGACUGCAGAAGGUUGGAAAAAGGCAUUUAUUGAAUGGAAGUCCCAUAUCAAAGCAAAAAUUAGGUGUGAGAAGCCUUUAACCGAAAUUGAAAAAAAAUGUGCUAAUAUGACAGGUCUUUUCAUCAGCUGCACUGGAAUAGCUAACAUUCCAGAGCUUGGGUUGAAAGGACAACCUGAAGAGUUCACUGUCAAAGAGGAUGGCUUUUUGGAAAAAUACCAAGAGUUUUCAGAAGUUCCGACCACUUCUGAGGAGUUACCUGAAACUUCCCAAGAAUCUCCCGAGGAAUCUCCUGAGACUGUACAAGAAGAAAAUCUAGAAGGGAACAACAAAGCUCCUUCAAAAGUUAAUAAGGGGAAAUUGACCCUGCUAGAAGAGCAUGUAAAUGAAACCAGUAAAGGGUUACUGGAAAUUGCCAAAUCGAUUUUGGCAGUGGCUGACUCAAUUAACAAUUUGGCUGUUGCUGUCAACCAGAGCAAUAAAACUGUUCCUAAUGAGGAAAUUUAG